AUGGGAUUUGGAGAAACUUGGUGCCAAUGGAUCAUGUUCUGUGUUUCGAUUGUGUGGAUGUCUGUUUUGGUCAAUGGGACUCCAGCGGGGUUUUUUCCGACGUAUCAUUGUCUUCGGCAAGGGGAUCCUUUGUUGCCUUUGCUAUUUAUUUUGGUGAUCGAGGCAUUGAGCAAAUUGUUGGUUGGAGCAAUGCAUGAAGGUUUGUUGGAAGGUUUUGCUGUGGGAUCUUUGUCUAGGACUCCUAUUGGUAUAUCACAUUUAUUAUAUGCGGAUGAUGUUUUGAUUUUCUGCGGUGUUGAAGUGGAGCAGGUGGGAUAUUUGAGAUAUCUUUUGCUUUACUUUGAGGUGGUGUUGGGCCUCUGGGUUAACUUCAGGAAAUCGGAGCUCAUUCCGGUUGGGGAGGUUGAUAGGUUACCAAUUUUAGCAGCAGUCUUGGAAUGCAAGGUUUUGGUUUUGCCUGUGUUGUAUUUGGGCUUGCCGCUAGGGGCGUCGUUUAAGCAUCCCACAUACUUCAUGUCUGUGCACGUUAUUCCAGUGUCGGUGGCACGGCGGUUGGAGAAGUUUCAAAGGGAUUUUUUGCGGGGUGGUGGAGAGGAUGAGUUUAGGUAUCAUUUGGGUGAUUGGGGGCAGAUCUAUCAAUCUAAAAAAAAAUGGUGGAAUUUUGGAACUGGGAAGGGUUUUGGGUGGGUGAUGGGAGGAAGGUGCAGUUUUGGAAGGACAGGUGGUGUGGUGGGGUUUUAUUGGAGGAACCGCUUUCCUUUGAUUUUCAUAAUUGCGGUUGAUCGGGAGGCAAUGGUGGCAUCUUAUAUGGGGGACGGAGGUGUCGUCGUUUGGGAUGUUCAGCUUCGGCGACAGGUGCAAGAUUGGGAAGUUACUCAAUUGGUGGAGAUGUGGGGAUUUUUGUAUGGGUUGGGGAUUACUAGAGUGGGGCAAGAUGUUAUGGUGUGGAAUGGUGCGGGUGCAAAGGGGUGGUUUUCAGUUUUCAUUUUAUCGGGGUUUGGUGGGGGAAGUGGGAAGGGCUUUUCCUUAAAAGAGUAUUUGGGUGCUGGGUGUUCCGUCUAA